GAUUUUCCUAGGAGCCCCUUGCAGCUGGAUCCUGCCAGAAAAUUAUAUUUUAGUUAGCCUAUAAGUAGAAAAUAUGGAGUGCAAAACGGAAGAAGUGGUUGUCCAAGUGGAAACAGUACAAGAAGCUGAUAAUGAACCUACAGCAGUUCCAUCAAAAGUCACCAGUGGGGCAAAAGAGAUUGGCUCUGAACCAAAGAUUAAACAUGGGAAAGCAAAGGAGGUGCAUUGCAAAAGAAGUGCUGAGACUAAGAGGAAAGGGAAGAAAUCCAAUGAGAAAUGUAUUCCAGAGAAUGUGCCAAAGGAAGAACAAGUCUUGGCACCUCUGCAGAAGGCUAGUAGUGAAUCAUCAAAUGGUGCUCUGCCUGAUUUCAUCCAAAACCCUGCCAUAUUGAAUGACGUCCUAGCAUACAAGAAAAUGGCCUUGGAAGUAAUGACUUUCUUCAAACCUCUUCUAGAUGUUGCUGCAAUCUCCAGAGGUGAUGGAGGCUCUCAAGCCUCUGUUCAAGAACAAGAAGUGUUUAUGACAACAUACUUGGGAGUGGAUGGAGAGGAACGCAUGCGUUUUACAUCUUCCUUCCUUCGCAUGUCCACUUUCCUUGCUCCGUUCCCGCACCACACUCCCCUCCAUUCUAGCGGAGAUAAGUCCUUGCAUGAAGCCAUUGUCUCCCCUCAGAGACACGAACGAAGUUGGGGGAAGCAAACGGGUGCGGGUAGGAUGAUAAUGGAAGAGACGGCGGAGACAGAUGAGGAUUGCCUAGGAAAUGUGACCGCCCUGUUCAACUCGUUGAUCGUGGAAACGCUGCGUCGAGCGUCGAGGCUGGCCGCCCAGCAGGCUCACCCGCGGAAGGGUGGCGGUCACGUGCCCGGCGACGAGGGCAACGCUAUAAUAUACAUCAUCGUCGUCCUCUCCUUCUACUCCUUUGGUAUCGUCUUCAUGAUGGUCAAGUACAUGAAGAAAAAGCAACGGGAGAACGAAGAGACCAAAGCGUACAAGGACUACAUCGCGGCCGUGAGGGAACGGUGCGUCCAGGCACGGUGGAGACCUGUGAACCGACUCGCGUUGCACGCCUUGAACACUGCAAACGUCAUUCCCCAGACCGUCGCCACCGGCAGGGUCACAUACGUCUGAUCGCUCGUCCCCUGCGUCUCAUAUCUCGUUUUCUUCUCGAUCUCUUUACUUUCCAUUCCGGAAUAAAUGAAAAACUUCCGUUGCUUCGUUUGUCAGGA